AUAAAAAUGGCGCCAUCUAUAUAAACUUGAACUUCAUACGAAGUUUAUUUCUAACCUAACCAAUACCCAUGGUCGAAUCUUGAGAUAAAAUUAUACAAUUGCAAAGAAGAAUAACAAAAAUAGUUGCAAAAAGGAAAUGAGUGAUGUCGAAUUACAAGAGGAAGAAAGAGAAGUAUUACUUUCUAUUUAUGAGGGUGAUCCAGCAUUUAAUCAGUUAACACCCACUACCUUUCAAUACAAGUAUGGAGAAGAUAACGACAUAAAGUCAUUUCUAUUGGAAAUUUCAUGGGGUCCGAAAUAUCCAUCUGAAAAGCCAAACGUCAAUAUGAAUACAUUUUACAAUAAACACAUUGUACAAGAAGUAAAGGAUGAAGUAGUGAAACAAUUAGAAGCAGAAGCAGAUCAAUGGUUAGGUAGUGCUAUGACAUAUACAUUAUUCCAGUAUGUUCAAGAACAUUUUACCGAACUGUUAUCUAUGCAACCGGAUUCUAUUGCUGAAAUAAAUUCACAAGCCAGUAAACUUAAAAUAUCGAGUGAGAAUCAACAGACGGAAGAAGUUGUAAAAAGACCAAAGAAAGAACAAUUAAGCAAAGCUCAAAAACGUAGACAAUGGAAUAAAGCUGAUGGAAAAGGAGAAAGACCACGCGGAUGGGAUUGGGUGGAUAUUGUUAAACAUUUAUCGCAAACUGGUCCAAAACAGGAACAAGAGUCUUAGUUUACAUUUUCUAAGACUUUAUUGUACAGAUUUAAAAAAAGGAAACCUGAUGUUGCGUUAAUGCAGCUCUGGUUGCUGCACCGGCUACGCCAACAAUAGAUUUCAUUGCUGUGGAAGCACACAGUAUGACCAUUGAAUGAGCUAAGAAAUAGGGUAUUAAUAAUUCCAUGCCCAUUGC